CAGAUGUCAGAGAUUUCCCUCCACCAGAAAUAUCAGCACCUAAAAUUAGAUAUAUCCAGAAAAAGCCGAGGUGUAAACGUUUCUAGGAAGGCCGAUGUCACAUGUGCAAGUUGUGAGUUUUACUUGCGAGGGUGGGAAGGGUACGCUUCAGACAGAAUUAGGCAUAAAGUAGCUUCGAGGACGAUGUUCAAAGAGCGCCGCACGAAACGAAUUGGCACUGCGCAAUUGCGCAACAAGACGAUACUUGGGGGACCUGUGGACGGCGGGGAGCGUAAGUGGAGUAAAACGUGAACGCAGUUUUUCGGACCCGGUGUUGUGCUGUGUGAUUUUAAAGAACAUUUUCAGCGGUAAAGUUGAUGGGUCCCUCGUUUUUUCGGCAAAUUAAAGGGAGGAGGCAGCCAAUCGAUCGCGCUCCGUUUUGCGCGACCAGGCGUCUCGCGUCUUGGAAACACAUCUGCAAAGCAGCUGUGUGACCAUGCAUUAGGGCAAUAUGUGUAGGUGUGUUGAAAGUGCCGUCACCUGCCAGGGGAUCUGAGAGCUGGACGCACCAUGCACACAGUGGAGGUCGUGGUUUCUCUCCUGUUAGUCGUGAUCAUCGUGGUGUCGUUGCUGUCCAACGUUGUGGUGCUGAUUUGCUUUUUGUAUAACGCAGAGAUUCGCAAACAGGUGCCGGGCUUGUUCAUCCUCAAUCUCACUUUCUGCAACCUGCUGCUCACGGUGUCCAACAUGCCCCUGACUCUUGGAGGACUCAUCUACAAUGGUCACCCGGGCGGGCACGGAUUCUGUCAGAUAGUGGGAUUCCUGGACACCUUUCUAACCACUAACUCGAUGCUGAGUAUGGCUGCUCUGAGCAUAGACCGGUGGGUGGCUGUGGUUUUCCCGCUAAGCUACCACUCCAGGAUCCGGCAUCGGGACGCCGUGAUUGCUCUCGGCUACACGUGGAUUCACUCGCUGUCCUUUUCUGUAGUAGCAUCGUGCCUCUCCUGGGUGGGAUACCAUCAACUCUACGCCUCGUGCACCCUGUGCAACACCCGAGCGAGCGGCAUGAGGACCCAAUUUGUCAUCUACACGCUUGUUUUACACUCGGUCACGUUCCUGCUGUCUCUGGUCGUGCUCUGCGUAACGUAUCUCAAAGUGCUGAAAGUGGCGAGGUUUCACUGCAAACGCAUUGAUGUGAUCACCAUGCAGACGCUGGUGCUGCUUGUGGAUAUCCACCCGAGCGUCAGGCAGCGGUGUCUGGAGGAGCAGAAGAGGCGCAGGCAGAGGGCCACAAGGAAAAUCAGCACCUUCAUCGGCACAUUCGUGGUCUGCUUCACCCCCUAUGUCAUCACCAGGGUGAUGGAGUUGUUAGAGUUGUUUCCCAUCAGCCCUCACUGGGGUGUGGUGUGCAAGUGUCUGGCCUACAGCAAGGCGGCGUGCGACCCCUUCGUCUACUCCCUCCUGCGUCACCAGUACAGGAAGACCUUCCACGACAUCAUGAACCGCCUGCUGCGGAGACGCUCACUCACCACGCGCAGGCUGGAGAACGGCAGAGCCUGGAAGAGAGAGAAGGAUGACAGGACCAGAGAGGAGGAGAUGAAGGAGAAGGCUGAGGAGAAAGAGGAGACAGGAGAGACGGAGAGGAAAGGCAAUAUGACGACAAAGAGCAAUACCAAGGAACUGAGUGGCACUACAAAAGGAACAGGGUAAAAGUUUAAUACACUAGAGGCAGCUCUCUCCCCUUAUUUUGAACAAAAACACAAUUAUGUUCAUAAAGAGAGAGGAAAAAUAGAAUGCUAAAAAGAGUUUUUAUACUUUUAUAUUACACUCUAAUAGAUUUUACCAGGUUUUUUGAUGUUUACAUCUGAAACCUGAUAUCUCCUUGUAUGCAGGUGAUUUCAUAGUAUCAAAGAUGGGGUUGUGUAACAAUUUAGUACUAUCUCACUGGAGUGAUGUAUGUCUUAUAAAGUCUUAUAAAUUACCACAAAGUAUUGCCAUCUUGACAAGCUGCUAGUUUGUCAGAACUUUCUGACAUGGCUGAUUUAGCCAAUGUCAGAAAGUACCAAGGAGAUGGUACUUUACUUGGGGAAAAUUAUGGACUGAAGGAUUAGAUAUGUAGCAGAAAACCAAUAGGUUUUAUGAAAUAUGAUUCCAAGAGUCAAAGCCAUAUUGCUAAAUUUGAAGAAAAUUACACAUGACCUCCAACCCCCGCCCCAAGCCCCCGCACACACAAACACAUACACACACACACACACACACACACACACACACACACACACACACACACACAAUAUAUAUAAUCAGUUGUUUAGAAGGAAUGCUUCAAAAAAUGCCAUGCAUUGUCUGAGCAAAUGAGUGUAAUUCCAUGGAAAGCAUAAAUAAAGCUUUCAUUAAUAGAUUUUGUUUCAUUGCGGUAGUUGUCCAUUUCUGAACUGGUGGGUUGUUUUUAUAUUAUUCUGAUUAAACUAAUUUAAGCAACAAAUCUGGGCAUUCAGAUUCAGCACCAUACUAUUGUCCCAUAUGGUGCAGCUUGGACCUCUGUUUGAAGGCAGAGUCACGUUGAGACAAGGCUCUGCUUGAAGGUGGAGCAUAUUGUUGUUACAGUAUAUGUUCAGGAAUCCUGUGAGGGAUGUUUUCUUUCUCUGAGAUGUUUGUACAUUGUGGUCGAGUGAAAACACAAAUGUUGUGCCUUUCUGAGUGAUAUUGUGUUUGAAGCUGAAGCUAAGGGUAUUUUCCACUUUCACUUCAAAUGGAUUAUCAAUGAAACGGGCCAAAACCCGCCUUUGGGAUGUUCUGUAAAACCCAACACAAACCUCCUUAUCCAGUAUAAACGGUAAGCUUCCAUGUUGGUGGUUCUCAAUCUCAUUCCCCAACAUACUGUACUUGUUUCAGCUUUAUGCCCCAGUGUAGAGUGACACUUUAUUCUAACACGUAUACUGCUGGGCAUGUCCCCAGCUUGGAAUUUAAAUGUCAACAUUUCCUUCUUUCUUUUCCCAGUAGCUUUGUGUGCGUGUGCGAGAUGUAAACACAACAGUAAGUACCUCAAACUCUCACUGAUGACAGCCUCUUGCAGUUUUAAUAUUCAGCAAGAGCAGACACUGUAGCUUUGCAAAUUAUAUUCACAAGUUGGAUGCAAAUUGCCAAGUAAACUCAUAUCAUGGUUAAGAAAACAAAAGUGUCUGGCAAGGGUAUUUAAUUAUUUGCUGUGAUAUGGUGUCGAUUUUGACCAUUAUAUUCCUUACUGGAGUUGCUUAAUUGUGUUGUUUGUAUUUCAGUGAGUGGGUACGAACACAGGGUGAUUUCUAUUUGAAUGUCAUUAAAUUUUUAUAGAUAUAUAGUUUGUUUGCACUUGGCUGAUAUCUGAAAUGGCAUAUAUCGGUCACACUUGCUGACGUGAAGUUAAAGAAAAUCAGUAAGGGUCUUGAAUACAACUUUCUGGUGAUUAUGUUUGUUGUGUUUAGUUUAAGCACUUUUUGGUGAAAAGUGUGAAGCCUUAGGAAAAAAAGAUGUCUAUAUUUUUGUUACUGUAAAGGUGUGUAAUAUACUUAUAUAUUUGUGACUUGAAUCUAAUAAAAUG